GUAGGCCUUUGAAAGAAAAGUCACUUGACAAGUUCAAACUCACAUGAAAUAACUACCAUUCGAGAAAUAUCUCUCAACAAACUCACAACUGAUUUCUGCACAAUGGAGCUGAACGAUAAAAAGAAAAAGGUGUGCGUCCCCAAGGAACUAAAUGUGGAACAAUUAAAUCGCAUGCCACUUCGGUGUCCUUUUGGUGAAUGCGAGGCCACCAUUACGUCCUCGGAAAUCCUCGGCCACGUGCUCGCCCAGCACUUGCGCCCCACCUCCGCCGACGAGGAGGAACUGAACCUGACCUUCGAGGGGGAGCGCACCGUCAUGGAGUUCGACCUCACCCAACUGAAGCCGCAGCAGACCUUUUUCCUGGGUGUCCUGUUGUACGGCGGCAAGAGGGAUGAUCCCGGUGGUUUGCCAGCGAAUCGCGGCCUGUGCUGUUUGAAUCGCUUCAAGCCGGAGGCCAAGGAUGCAGAGGUUUUGGCCGAGUACUUGCCGGUGUUGGUCCUGGUGCGCCGUUGCUACUUCUUUGAGUGGCUGGAUAACCAGAAAAAGGAUGAUCCCAAGGCUAUCAAGAAUGAGGAGCUGGACAUGUUCCUGUUCUGGACCCAGAGCGCGUACUGUACUCGUCCCUUGCACAUCACCAUGACGGUCUACGAUCGCACCAUGUCAGAGUGCCGCAGCGCACUCCGGCAGGUGGUCAACUCCGGAAUGAUUCACCCGGAAUUGGAUGGCAAGCAGCUGCCCAAGCAUAAGCACGCCCUUUGGGUCACUUACAGCGAAAUGGCGCAAAUGGGCAAGAGCAAGGGCAGCGACCCGAAGAAGGUCCAGCUGGAGUUGAUACUUCACGAGUAUAUCAAGAAAACCAAUCCAACUGUCACUGCAAGCUUCAAAUAAGUAGUGACCCCAACUGCUAUCCAACUCCA